CUAACCGUCUCCAAUUCUUAUACCAAAAUGUUACUAUGAGAAAGUCCAAUAAUAUACAGUCUAUUUCUUCUGAAGUGCUGACUAAAAUAUUUUCUUAUGUGGAUGAUAAAGAUUUGUGCAACAACAUACCUUUAGUUUGUGAAAAGUGGAAACGUGUAUCAUCGCGUUCUUUAUUAUGCAGAGACGUAAGUUUUGAAGGAAAACUAAUUUCAUCGAAGGAUAUUUGCUUCAUGUUACACAAUGCUCCACAACUAAAAUCUGUGAACUUGGUAUCAGUUGAUGAUGUAGUUCCAGUUUUGAGAGAAAUUUGCAGAUGUAAUAAGAAUGUUGAAAAACUUACAGUGAAGCAAUGUUCCUCUCAAGGAAAUUUAGUACCUGAAGACGUAUUAAUCAAUGUACUUUCUCUCACUGAAAUCUCUUCAAAGUUUGGAGCUUAA